AUGAGGAGGCCCGACACCAUCGUGAUCCCCGACUCCGAGGAUGACGCACCUCACAGUUCAACGCCAUUGAAGAAUUCCUCGCCCCUCCGUCAGCCGGAACCCUUGCGACGGGGUGGGUCAUCCCUUGCCCGAUCUCGAACAUCUCGCGUCAUCAUGGAUUCCGAAGGUGAAGAUGAUGACGAUGCCUUCGAUGGACCCAACCCGGUUUCAACAAGGACAAGAACUCGUGCAUCGGGGAAUUUUGAGGUCGUGAUACCAGGGACGAAAGAUAACACCCCUACUGAUUCUUCUCGAAGCUCUCUGGGGAUCUUUUCCGCCGAUGGAACCACCGGCUUCAACACACCAGCAACCAGCGUUGGUGCCGGCGCGGAAUCUGAUACGAAGAAUACGAAGAAGCCUCGGGCACGAGUCAAUGCAUCGGAGCGUGCUGCACGGCUCCAAUCGAACACCGCCUCCAGAAGAACCUCUCAAAGAGGUACGAAACGGUCUGCGGCUGCUAUAUCAGUAGACGAAACGGACCAAGACACCACCGACGCGGCAUUGGCGCAUGCGCUCCAGAUAGAGGAGUAUGAAAAGCCGCGUCCAAAAAAGCGUCGGACCGUCUUCGAGGAUGUUCACGAACAAGCCCGAAGUCUUGCAGAGAGACUCGACGCCAUGCCCCCAGGCGGAGAAUUGACGGAGAGUGAAUUGUCAGACCGGAUUACACCUUUGGACUCGGAAGAGGAGGAAAUGUUUUCCCCUCGUGCCUCAGAUUCCGAGGAUGAAUUGGUUUUUGCUGUCGAAGAAAGCGACCCUUCACACGGUCGACUCGCCUUCCCAGCCGAAUUUUAUGAUGAAGAAGACGAAGACUUGCCAACCUGGGAAGAACAGCGCAAAAUUCGCCGAAUGCAAACAGAUCGGAAGAAGCUGGAAAAAAACCACCCGAUCAUUACCACCAUGUGGGAUGAUCUGAAAGCUAGACCCAUAAUUCCCGCCAAGGAAGCUAAGCAACCCGAGUCCAUCACUCGCAAGUUGAAACCUUUCCAAUUGGAAGGCUUGAACUGGAUGAUGGAACAAGAGAAAACGGACUACCGCGGCGGUUUGCUCGGAGACGAAAUGGGCAUGGGCAAAACAAUUCAAGCCGUUUCUUUGAUCAUGUCCGAUUUUCCUCAGCACGACCCGACUCUAGUCCUUGUACCCCCGGUCGCUCUGAUGCAGUGGGUGUCUGAGAUCAAGGAAUACACCGAUGGCAAGUUGAAAGUGCUUGUUUAUCACAAUUCAGACUCCAAGGUCAAAAAGCUUACCCAGGCGGACCUUCGAAAAUACGACGUGAUUAUGAUAUCCUACUCGAGCUUGGAGUCCAUAUAUCGCAAACAGGAAAAGGGAUGGACUCGUGGUAAUGGAACUGUUAAAGAAGACAGUGUCAUUCAUUCCAUUGACUACCACCGACUUAUCCUUGACGAAGCGCACAGCAUCAAGCAACGUACCACGGGUGUAGCGAAGGCCUGUUUCGCAUUGAACGCUUCCUACAAAUGGUGUCUGUCUGGAACUCCUGUGCAAAACCGCAUCGGUGAAUUCUUUUCACUUCUGCGCUUCUUGCAGGUCCGCCCAUUCGCCAGCUAUUUUUGCAAGCAGUGUUCAUGCUCGCAGCUACAAUGGACCGCGAACAAGCAGGGACGUUGUACUGAGUGCUCCCACACGGGAUUCAACCAUAUCUCGAUUUUCAACAAGGAAAUCCUCAAUCCAAUUACGGAGGGAAGAACGACGGAGGAACGCAAGACAGGUCUGCAAAAGCUUCGUCUCAUUACGGACCACAUCAUGCUUCGACGUUUGAAGCAAGAGCAUACCUCUUCCAUGGAACUUCCGCCCAAACGAAUCACCAUACACAAUGAAUUCUUUGGCGAGAUCGAACAUGAUUUCUCCCGCAGUAUCAUGACCAACUCGAGUCGGCAAUUUGACACCUACGUCAGUCGAGGUGUCAUGCUGAACAAUUAUGCCAAUAUUUUCGGUCUCAUCAUGCAGAUGCGACAAGUGGCGAACCACCCAGAUCUUAUCCUGAAGAAACAUGUGCAGCCGGGAUUCAAUGUUCUCGUUUGUCGCGUCUGUGACGAGCCCGCAGAGGAUGCCAUUCGGUCCCGCUGUCAUCACGAGUUCUGCCGCAAGUGUGCCAAGGAUUACAUUCAGUCCUUUGAGGACGGCACCACGGUGGAUUGUCCGCAGUGUCACAUUCCCCUCUCGAUUGAUUUGGAGCAGCCCACGAUUGAGCAGUCGGAGGAGUCCGUGAAGAAAAACUCGAUUAUCAAUCGAAUUUUCAUGGAAGAUUGGACCUCGUCGACCAAGAUUGAAACGCUUCUUUACGAGCUUUAUCUUCAGAGAACGAAAAGUCAUACACCGAAGUCGAUUAUAUUCUCGCAGUUCACCUCGAUGCUCCAGCUCGUGGAGUGGCGCCUGCGUCAUGCAGGGUUCAACACGGUCAUGUUGGACGGUACGAUGACGCCUGCUCAACGACAAAGGUCGAUCGAGCACUUCAUGACCAACGCGGACGUGGAGGUGUUCCUGGUCUCCUUGAAAGCAGGCGGUGUGGCUCUUAACUUGACGGAAGCGUCAAGAGUCUUUAUUGUGGACCCCUGGUGGAACCCUGCAGCAGAAUGGCAGAGUGCGGAUCGCAGUCACCGUAUAGGCCAGCAACGGCCCUGCGUGAUUACCCGCCUGACAAUCGAAGACUCGGUCGAGUCCCGAAUCGUUCAACUCCAGGAAAAGAAGGCCAACCUGAUCCGGGGCACUAUUAACAAAGAUCAGGGCGAGGCACUUGAGAAAUUGACCCCCGAAGAUAUGCAGUUCCUUUUCCGCGGCUCUUAG